AUGGAAAAUGUAUCUUAUGAAAUUUUUAUUCUUACUGCAUUCCAGGACUUCGGUAUCAAAAAGGAGGAAUAUUUCUGCCUUUCCCUUAUAGGCUAUUUGUUGAUAAUAAUUUUUAAUUCAUCCUUAGUUACUUUAAUAUACAACGAAAAAAAACUCCAUGAGCCCAUGUACAUUUUUCUUUGUAACUUGUUGUUUUGUGAACUAGUUGGAUCCACGUCCUUCUACAUUAAAUUUAUGUUUGACCUUCAAACAGAUGUCCACAUUAUUUCUCGUUCGCUUUGCUUUACUCAGAUAUUUCUUAUUUAUAUGUAUGCAGCCACAGAAAUAUCUAUUUUAACAGUCAUGGCUCAUGAUAGAUAUAUUGCAAUAAAUGCACCUUUACAUUACAUUACAAUAUUCUCAACAACAAAAGUUCAAAAAUUAAUUUUUGUUUCCUGGAUUUAUCCUAUUUUUAUGAUAUCUAUUGGAGUGAUUUUAUCUGCACGUUUGCCUCUGUGUGGCAAUGAAAUUAAUAGAGUGUACUGCAACAACUGGGAAAUUGUUAAACUAUCCUGUGCAGACACAAGAAGUAAUAAUAUUUAUGGAUUUUUUGUGCUUUGUACAUUUUUAAUACCUUUCAUUUUCAUUGUUUAUUCAUACAUGAAAAUUCUUUCAGUGUGCUUGAAUAGUUCUAGAUCUCAAAAACAUAAAGCUUUUCAAACAUGUCUGCCUCAUUUGAUAACACUGAUCUUUUUUAUAAGCUCCAUACUCUUUGAAUUAAUUGAGAGCAGACUUAAUGUAAAGAGAGUAAAAAAUGAAAUCACAGCAUUUGCUUCAAUAGAAUUUCUUGCAGUUCCUCCUCUUUUAAAUCCAUUAAUAUAUGGCAUGAUAUUACCUGAAAUACGAAAAAGGGUUGUUUAUUUAUUUUUAAAGAGAAAAAAACAGUCAUCCUGA